AUGAAUUACGUACUCUCAGACCAGCUCCUGGACACGGUCCUGGACAGCGGGUACCUCCCGCACGCCGUAAUCCGCGUGGGCAUACGCCGGCAGCUGCGGCAGCGCCUGGACGAGAUCGCCUCGUCGUCGCUGGCCGACGCGCAGGCGCGCAAGAUGGGCUACAUCAGCGAAUCAAAGGCCCGGCCCAUCGCCAUCGAGACCGCGUCGGCCAACAAGCAGCACUACGAGGUCGGCACGGGCGUCUACCUCGGCACCCUGGGCCCGCGCAUGAAGUACUCGUCCUGCCUGUACCCCAAGGGCUCCGAGACCCUGGGCGAGGCCGAGGUCGCCAUGCUCCGGGCUUAUGUUGAGAGGGCCGAGCUGAAGGACGGGAUGAGGAUCCUGGACCUGGGCUGUGGCUGGGGCUCAGGCGCGCUGUUCUUCGCCGAGAUGCUGCCAAAUGCCCAGGUGACGGCGUUUUCCAACUCAAAGACGCAGAAGCAGUACAUCGACUCCAAGGCGGAGGAGAAGGGCCUCAAGAACCUGAAAGUAAUCACGGGAAAUGUGGUUGAUUAUGAGUUUGAGCCCGAGUCUUUUGACAGGGUCGUCUCAGUCGAGAUGUUCGAGCACAUGAAGAACCACGAGAAGCUCAUGGCCAAGGUCUCGAGGGCUCUGAAGCCAGGCGGGAAGCUCUUUUUGCACAUCUUUUGUCACAAGGACACCCCCUAUGAUUAUGAGGAUGGCUGGAUGACCACGCACUUCUUUACCGGAGGCACGAUGAUGUCCUUCGACCUGCUGCUGUACCACCAAAAGGACUUAAAAAUCCAGAAGCAGUGGUGGGUGAACGGCAAGCACUACUCCAAGACCUGCGAGGACUGGCUCACAACGAUGAUCAAGAACCGGAAGAAGUUGUGGCCGCAUUUUGAAGAGACCUACGGCAAGGAGAAUGCGUACACGUGGUAUAGCCGAUGGCAGAUCUUCUACAUGGCUUGCUCUGAACUGUUCGCAUUCGAUGGAGGCGACACUUGGGGCGUUGCGCAUUACCUGUUCGAGAAGCCCCAGUAA